UUUUCGGUAUCUUCAUUAUUCCCUCAUGGCUACGACAUCGAAAACAGCGAAAAAGAGAUCUGCCGCAUCCCAGGCCGGUCCUUCCGGCAAGAAAAUCAAUCUGAGUGUCCCCCAGACGUCUGAAAAGAAACGAAGUCGACCUGUAACUCAACUUGCACCUGACGCUGGUUCUGGCUCUGAUUCCGAUGAAAUAGACGAGGAUGAUGUGCCAGAAAAACAGGACGAUGAAGUGGCCGAUGGCGAGGGCAUGGAUGUAGUCGAGGAAAAGGCAGCGAAAGAUCCAUUGGCGGUACGUGAGGCUCGUAAAGCACAAAAACUUCUUCAAGGGCAACGAAAGACGGCAAAACCUCAUUCGUCUCUUUUAACAGAGGCCAAGAGAGUGUGGUCACUCGCGCGACAGAAAAAUAUACCACCUACCGAACGGCAAAAGCACAUCCACGAUCUCAUGAACGUUAUACGUGGAAAAGUGAAGGAUAUUGUCCUGAAACACGAUGCCAGCCGGAUAGUUCAGACUGUUGUCAAGCACGGCAAACAAAAAGAACGAGAUGAAGUAGCCGUCGAGUUGAAGGGGAAGUAUAGAGAACUAGCCCAGAACAAAUACUCAAAAUUCCUUGUGACCAAGCUCAUCAGAUAUUGUCCCGCUCAUCGCACUUCCAUUAUCCUCGAAUUUCAGUCGCACACCUUGCGACUGCUUCUUCACCGAGAGGCUUCCUCGGUGCUGGCCGAUGCCUUCGAGUUGUACGCCAAUGCAUACGAACGGUCGCUGCUUCUUCGUGAUUUCUAUGGGAAAGAGGCUACUUUGUUUAGUAUAACAUCCGGCAGCACUGAAGACAAAGAGCGCGCGAAGAAGGGACUGAGCGGUGUUUUGCAAGGCGGAGACACGGAACGACGGAAGCGAAUUCUUACCGCGACUAAAACGGGACUGAUGUCAAUAUUCAACAAUCCCGAUAAGGGUGCUAUCACGCACGCAAUUGUGCAUCGUGCCUUAUGGGAAUACAUAGUAGCUGUCAAUGAGAGUGAAGAGGGGGAACGAGACAAGCAAUAUCGCGAAAUGUUUGAAUGCUGUCAGGAAGUUUUGGCCGAGCUGGUCCACACGAAGGACGGGAGUCGAGUCGUGCGCGAAUUUCUCGCACGCGAAACGGCAAAAGGCCGAAAACAGAUUCUCAAAGUACUCAAACCACACAUUUUGAAGAUGUGUACAAAUGAGGAGGCUCAGUUAGUACUGUUCACGGCUAUAGAUGUAAUUGACGACACAAAACUUGUACUGAAAACCCUGGUUACUGAGAUCACGCAAGCAGCCGAUACGUUAUAUCCUUCGCCACAGGGUCGUCGAGUGCUCCUCUAUCUAAUGGUUCCUCGUACCAGACGACACUUCACCCCCGCGCAAAUAGCGUCGAUAACCGAGACCGAUGAAAUUCGAUCUCGAACGAGCAAAAAGGAUGCAAACAUCCGACAAAAUGAAAUCCGUAUCGGUGCCAGCGAGCCUCUACUUGCAUGGAUAUCUGAGAAUGCUGAAAAGAUUAGUCGGGAUCCUGGCGGAAGUCUUGUCAUCCCUGAGAUAUUGCUUUACGCCGUUGAUGACAAAUCCAAAGCGGUGGAUGCACUCCUCAAAGCAGCUGCAGCUCCUUAUCCGUCAACUGACCUUGCCAGCCCGCAUGUUAUUGAUCUUCCACAUACUUCACGCAUGUACAAGACUCUCCUCCAGGGCGGACAUUUCAACCGAGCAAGCAAUACUGUUGAAAAGGUGGCCGAGUGGGAUUCAGCUGUUUUUGCGGAUCAGCUCGUAGAGACACUAGGGCAGGAUGUGAUUGUCGGAAUGUGUACGAAGGGUGAGCGGAAUGGUGCCUUCGUGGUUGCCGAGGCAUUGAGUGGAGAUAAGGCAAAAGAUUUGGUGAAGAGUUGGUUUAUGACCAAUGUGAUCAAGGAAAUUGAGGAGAGUGAUAUGAAGGGUAAGAAUGUGCUGUUGGAGAAGAUACGACAGCUUUAGACUGGUGCAGUUGUCUCGAUGGUCGGGAAUCUUGGAUGAUACUUAUUUAUGAAGAAUCGUAUAUUCCCCGAAGCGGCCAAGCACAUUCUAUGACUGUAAAAUUCUUUACGGUCCAUCCAACCUCAGCUCUGUUCUACCCAUGGUCUCAUUUUUUGUUCACGACCUUUCAUGGUCACGGUCAUGGAUGCGUAGAAACCAGCC